CCCCGGCUUCGAGAGCCCUGGUGCAGCGCGUACAGAAAUGCGGACGUGAGAGGGCGCGUGCGAACCACGGACGGGCUCGAGCCCGUCAGCCGCUGCCUUGGGCCCCCUGCAGGCCCUGCCGCGCGCCCCGGGCCGCGUUUCGGUCCCGGUGGUGUUUGGCCCCGACCGCGCGCCGUCCGCGGCUCCUCGGUUGUCAUAGAGACUGGGUUGCGGCCCGACUUGAGGACGCUGAGGAGACCGGCGGUGACCUGGACCGGGGUUGGCGGCGACGGAAGCAGGAUGUCUUUCCGCGAGCUCCGCAAUUUUACAGAGAUGAUGAGAGCGUUGGGUUACCCACGACAUAUUUCCAUGGAAAAUUUCCGCACCCCCAAUUUUGGACUCGUAUCCGAGGUGCUGCUGUGGCUUGUGAAAAGGUAUGAGCCGCAGACUGACAUCCCUUCUGACGUAGAGACCGAACAAGAUCGAGUUUUCUUCAUCAAGGCAAUUGCCCAGUUCAUGGCCACAAAGGCACAUAUAAAGCUCAACACAAAGAAGCUGUACCAGGCGGAUGGCUAUGCGGUAAAGGAGCUGCUGAAGAUCACAUCUGUCCUGUAUAAUGCCAUGAAGACCAAAGGGAUGGAGGGCUCUAAGAUGGGAGAGGAAGACAUCAGCAAGUUCAAGUUUGACCUGGGCUCCAAGGUGGCCGACCUGAAAGCAGCCAGGCAGCUUGCUUCUGAGAUCACUUCCAAAGGAGCAUCCCUGUAUGACUUGCUGGGCAAGGAGGUUGAGCUGAGGGAACUGAGAACAGAAGCCAUUGCAAGACCGCUGGAAAUCAAUGAGACUGAAAAAGUAAUGAGAAUUGCAAUAAAAGAGAUACUGGUGCAGGUUCAGAAGACAAAGGACCUGCUCAAUAAUGUGGCCUCUGAUGAAGCUAAUUUAGAAGCCAAAAUUGAAAAGAGGAAAUUAGAACUGGAAAGAAAUCGGAAGCGUCUCCAGACCCUGCAGAGCGUCAGGCCUGCCUUUAUGGAUGAGUAUGAGAAGAUUGAGGAAGAAUUGCAAAAGCAGUAUGAUAUUUAUCUCGAGAAGUUUCGAAAUUUAGCGUACCUAGAACAACAACUUGAAGAUCAUCAUAGAAUGGAGCAAGAGAGGUUUGAGGAGGCUGAGAACACCUUGCGCCUGAUGCAGAACAAGCUGAAGGAGGAGGAGAGGCGGCUGCUCAAGGCUGGAGGUAAUGAUGACUCAGACAUAGACAUCCAGGAGGACGACGAGUCCGACAGUGAGGUGGAAGAGAGGCGGCCGAGCAAGCCGCGGACGGCGAUGGAGGUGCUCAUGCAAGGACGACCCAACAAGCACAUCGUGGGCACCAUGCAGGGUGGCGACUCUGAUGACGACAUGGAAGCAGCACCCGCACUCUUAGGUAAAUCCAAGACUUCCAGCUCCAAGAAGCAGGAUGACUCGGAGGACAGUGAGAUUGACAUGGAAGAUGAUGAAGAAGAUGAUGAUGAUUUGGAAGAUGAGAGCAUUGUUAUGUCACCGGCUAAGCCCAGCCGAAGGGUCCGAAAGCCUGAGCCCCUGGAUGAAAGUGACAAUGACUUCUGACCCCCUUGCCAAGCACGUUACAAACUUCAGGCUUGUAGUAGCGUGUCCUGGAGCAUGCCAUCAGGGCCCCCGCUGUCUAUCCCGUGACUGGCGAUGUGCAGUUUGAUGGCUUGAGAAGGCAGCAAUGACCAGAUUCCACUUGGUCAAGGUAAGACUCUUGAAACCUCCUUGUCCAGCCCAGCAGCUUUCACUCGUGGUCUUAGUGUCCGUGACGGUCUGUGUGUGAAUAUUCGUGGAGGACAGCAGUGAUUCCCUUUUGAACUUGAAUGUGACAGUAGCACUGUAGCAUUCAUGAAUACUUUCUUGAUGGUUGCCAUGGAACCCACUUGGACUUUCUGUCCAUGUCAGCCUGAGCCAGCUGGGGUGUGCAUGCCGCGCAGAGGUCCAGCUUGCUUGUCAGCACAGGAAGCUGUGGCCGUGGUGGUGGUGUGUACUUGGUGACUGAACAGCAUGGAUAGUUCCCAGGCCAUGCUCACCUGUAUUAUAGACUCCUGGCAGCUCAUGGUCGUCACCACAUACCCGGGGGACACCCGAUGAGUAGAAAAUAUCAGAACCUGUGCGGACAGCCAUCUCUGCUUCCAGCCUUGUGGACUUAGAGCUUGGUUGUGCCUUCAUGACUUCUGACUUCCUUCUAAUCAUCUCGGCUGCCUCCUCGGAUCACAC